AUGUCAGAGGGGAAGAACAGAGAGGUGCGGGUCGAGGAGAGAGGACAGUGGGCCAGUAAAGCUGAGUAUGUCCUGGCUGUUGCAGGGAAUGUUGUGGGCCUGGGCAAUGUUUGGAGAUUUCCAUACCUCUGCUACAAAAACGGAGGGGGUGCUUUCCUGCUGCCAUACCUGGUGUUUGUGGUAACAUGCGGUGUGCCCCUGUUCCUGCUGGAGACCUCUGUAGGUCAGUACACCCAGGAGGGGGGCAUCACCUGCUGGAGGAAGCUUUGCCCACUGGCAGAAGGUAUAGGCUAUGCCGGCCAGGUGAUUCUCCUGUACGGCUGUUCGUGUUACAUUCUUGUUCUGGCCUGGGCUCUGCUCUACCUGGGCUUCUCCUUCAGCCCUCAGCUGCCAUGGGCCAGCUGCAGCAACUCCUGGAACACAGAUAGUUGUGUAGACAUUUCUACACAGAACGGCACCUUCAGAUUCGCCAACCAGACCAACACGACGACUGCUGCAACAGAGUUCUGGGAAAAGCGAGUGCUGGCUCUCUCGGGAGGCAUCGAGGAGGUGGGCAGCAUCAGGUGGGAGGUGAUGCUCUGCCUCUUUGCUAUGUGGGUCAUCUGCUACUUUUGUAUCUGGAAGGGGGUCAAGUCUACUGGCAAGGUGGUUUAUCUCACUGCCACCUUCCCCUAUGUAAUGCUCUUAAUUCUUCUGAUCCGUGGACUCACUCUGCCUGGAGCGCUAAGUGGAAUUGUUUACUAUCUUCUCCCUGAACCCUCACGUCUCGCAGACCCACAGGUGUGGAUGGAGGCUGGUGCCCAGAUCUUCUUCUCCUACAGUCUGGGUGUGGGCUCCUUAAUUGUGCUUGGCAGCUACAAUACCUACAACAACAACUGCUAUAAAGAUUGUCUGUUGCUGUGUCUGCUGAACAGCGGGACCAGUGUGGUUGCUGGGUUUGCUGUCUUCUCAGUGCUGGGAUUCAUGUCUCAUGAGCAGGGUGUUCCCAUAGAAGACGUAGCAGAAUCAGGUCCAGGCCUGGCAUUCAUUGUGUACCCUCAGGCCGUAGCCAUGAUGCCCCUGCCUCAGCUGUGGGCCAUCUGUUUCUUUGUCAUGAUCAUUCUCUUGGGUCUGGAUACAGAAUUUGUUGCCUUGGAGGUGGUGAUGACAUCCAUCUCAGAUGCACUUCCCACAGUGCUGCGCAGGCCGGGACGACGAGAACUCUUCCUCUUCCUAUUCUGCCUCACCCUUUUCUUUGUUGAUUUAGUCAUGAUCACAGAGGGGGGAAUGUAUGUGUUCCAGUUACUGGACUACUAUGCCUGUAAUGGGGCCUGCAUUCUCUUUCUCUGUGUGUUUGAAUCACUGGCACUGGGCUGGAUAUUUGGGGCAGAUCGGUUGUGUGGCAUCAUCGAGAGCAUGGCAGGUGUGUGCCCAAACCCAUUCUUUAAACUCUGCUGGCGCUAUCUCACACCCCUGGUCUCACUGGUAUCUUUCAUAGGUUCCUUAGUUCAGUACAAGCCUCUGACAUUCAAUCGCUCGUAUGUGUACCCAGCCUGGGUUAACUUAUUGGGCUGGUUGCUUGCCCUCUCUUCCAUUGUGGUUGCUCCAGGGUGGGCACUGAUUAAGCUGGUUACUGGGCCUAGACCCCUCUCUCAGCGUAUCCAUCAGCUGUGUCAGCCUGAAUCUUCGCUACCUAAUCCAAAAGAGAAGGAGCUGCAGCACCUGCGAGGAGCAGAAUUGGAGGGAUUCAUCACCAAUUAA